GCAGGUUUUUGUGUUGUGUUUCCCUGGGCCUGAGCACAAAACACACCCUCCGUGCUCUUUGAUUCUUUUUCGCACAACUACUCCCUCUCAACCCAUUAAGAAGUCAUGAAGACAGAGUCCGGAGCAUCUACGCCCAAGGAGACGAGUGUUAGCACUCCAUCGUCCGACUCGGCCGAGUCCUCAGUCGAUGGCACUAUCACCGAGUCCAUGCGCCUUGAGGAGGAAAAGCUCGAGGAAGAGAGCAAGAAGAAGGAGGAGGAGAAGAUUGUCAAGCUGAAGGAAAAGGCUGCCACUGAGUUCACAGACACUGUCAAUAAGCAGCGCUUCCAACGACUGAAUUUCUUGAUCGAAAAAUCGACUUUGUAUGCCAACUUCCUUGCCAAAAAGCUGGAGAAGCAGCAGAAGGAAGCUCGGGACAAGGCUACCGCACAGGAGGCUAAGCGGGAAUCCGAAAAGGGGAAAUCAGCUGUAAGUGGUGGCGAGCCCGCUUCCACGGUGGUGAAUACGCGAUCCAGCUCACGAAACCCACCAAAACAGGAGCAGCAGAUAUCGGCCACAACAAAGAAGAACACUGCUACUGUAGUCGGCGCUGCCAAGAAGCGCAAGACGGACGAUGCGCAUUACGAUAUUGCGGAUUAUCUCGACAAGGACGUUUUGAAAAAACAGAAGCAGACGAAGGCUAGCGAGCCUGCUGUGGAGAUCGCUCCCGCACCCGUCAGCAACAGGCCAGUGAUCUCCGCCCGUCAGCCCAAGUUGGUGACUGGAGGAAUUCUUCGCGACUAUCAGUUGGCAGGAGUGGAAUGGAUGGUCAGUCUUUACGAGAACGGCCUCAAUGGAAUUUUGGCUGACGAGAUGGGUCUUGGAAAGACACUGCAAACCAUCUCAUUUCUAGCUUACCUUCGUGAAAGGGGAGUCUGGGGGCCGUUUCUUAUCGUCGCUCCUCUGUCAACCCUCGCCAACUGGAUUAUUGAAUUCGAGAGGUUUGUCCCUGGAGUUCCUGUCGAGCUGUAUCAUGGAAAGCCGGAGGAGAGAGAACAUAAACGGAACCGCAAGUUUAAGAAGCUGGAUAUGACAUUUCCAGUUGUCGUCACCUCGUACGAGAUCAUCAUUAGGGAUCGGAAAUUUCUCUCGCGAUUCCAGUGGAAGUACAUUAUUGUCGACGAGGGUCACCGGCUCAAAAACAUGGACUGCAAACUCAUUCGUGAGCUUAAGAGCUAUCAUUCUGCCAACCGCAUGCUGUUGACUGGCACGCCUCUCCAGAACAACCUGUCCGAACUCUGGAGUCUGCUCAACUUUUUACUGCCAGAGAUUUUUGAUGAUCGGGAAGGCUUUGAGGAAUGGUUUGAUUUCUCGGAUAUUAACGCCAAGGAAGGCCAGGAGCGUAUUUUGGGAGAGGAGUCGCAAAGCGGCAUCGUCUCCAGCCUUCACCAUAUCCUGAAACCCUUCCUGCUGCGACGCAUAAAGACCGAUGUUGAACAUUCCCUGCCAAAGAAGAAGGAGUACUUGCUGUAUGCACCGUUGACGCCUGAGCAGAAGAAGUGGUACGAUGCGGCCCUUAGUCGCGAUAUCCGCAAUUUCCUGAUUCAGAGGAAGUGCGGAAUUGAUCCUCCCAGUAAACCAGAAACCUCAGUAGCUGAUGAUGUAGAUGCAGCAGCAACCAAGGACCUCUCAGAAGAAGUCGCACCGGAUGUGUCAGAGAACGACGUUACCGUUGAAGAACUGGAUGCGAUCAUCGAUGCUGAGGAGGAACAAAAGGAGAAGACGACGGAGAACGCAGUCAAGCGGACACGAGGUGCAGUCAGAUCGUAUGCCGAGAAGUCUGACAGAGAGUACUUUAAGGACCUGGAAGACGGAAAAGCAGUUCAGAAGCGAGAGGAUGCUGACGUCUUGUCUGCACGCGAGGUGGACUUCAAGAAGGCGAGCAAAUCCGUCACGAACAUGAAGCUGAUGAAUGUUGUCAUGCAGCUUCGUAAGGUCUGCAAUCAUCCCUUCCUAUUUGACUGGCCUAUCGAUCCAAAGACGCGAAUGCCUGUUUUGUCAGAGGAUCUCUUGAAUGCGUCUGGAAAAAUGUUGGUCCUGAACCGCCUUUUGGACGCACUCUUCCAACGUGGACACAAGGUCCUUAUCUUUUCUCAGUUCACAACGAUGUUGGAUAUUAUUCAGGACUGGGCUGAGAUCUACAAGGGCUGGGUGUGCUGUCGCAUCGAUGGCGCUGUACCUCAGGAUGAUCGACGGCAGCAGAUUGGCGACUUUAACAGGAAUCCAGAGCUCAAACUCUUCCUGCUGUCAACACGUGCUGGUGGUCUGGGCAUCAACCUCACAUCGGCUGACACAGUUAUUAUUUUCGACAGUGAUUGGAAUCCUCAAAUGGACUUGCAAGCGCAGGAUCGCGUGCACCGUAUUGGUCAAACCAAACCUGUCAUGAUCUAUCGCCUUGUGACAGCCAACACGAUCGAAGGAAAGAUCAUUGAGCGGGCGAGCAGCAAGCGCAAAUUGGAGAAGUUGGUCAUCCAUAAGGGCAAGUUCAAGCAGCCUCCUUCGAACACGAGCGGCAGUGCAGCGACCGAUCGAGCAGCGACACUUGCGGAUCUUGCAGAGAUGUUGGCCCAGGACGACGGGGAGAGGAUCCAGCUGGCGACGAAGGACGAUGUUGUUCUCUCGGAUAAGCAUCUGGAAAUGCUCCUGGAUCGCAGUGACGCAGCAUAUGCCGCCAACGGCCCUGUCUCAACAGAGGAAAGUGACACUGGCGCAAUCACGUUCAAGGCUGUGAAUGAAAUUCACGACGACCAGAAUGAUGUCCUAAAGGUUGACAACAUGGCUGCAGCUGUGUAAUGUCAAUUUAUGUAGUAAAGAUAGAUCGCAUUUUCUCUCGAAAAGUUUAAAUUA